AACAGUGAGUGCUUCGGCUAACAUGGCGGAAACAACAACGAAACCGUAAAUUUAAAAAAAAAAAUCAAUUGUGUGUUUAUGCCUGAUGGACACACAGAUAACCGUGCAUGUUUAAUAAACCAGUGACUAUUUAGUUUAAUCCAUUUCUUUAGACAAUUGACAUUUCGUACAAAUACUGCUUUUCGAAGAUCAAUUUGUUGGGAGUAAAAAGCGACAAAAUUAAAAAAUGGCAACCGCGGCUAUGGCUAGGACUCUCACAGAGACAGUGGCAGUAGAGCCAACUCUGCAAAUGAGAUUACAGUUUCCAAACCCACCUCAAGCAAAAAAUUUGGGCAUGAUGAACAACAAGCUCAGAAAUAGACUGCGACUGGAUCCAACCAGAGCAUUGGAACCUGCAAGAAAGAAAAUUGCUACAAUUGAGGCACAGAGAGUAAUGUCUGUAUUUGAAGACACAAUACUUAAAUCUGAGAUUAUAACUCUGAUGCCAUUCAUAGUAGAAAAUCUUGAGCGAUUCAGAAUUACCUUUGGAACAGAACUUUCCGAGCUAAUAGAGCAUCAUGCAGUUAUUUUGAAUAGUUAUGAUGAGAUCAAACAAACAUUAGAUAGGCAAAUGAAAAGGAAUGAAGCUAAGGCAAGAGUCAAGCAAAGUGAUACCCCAUCUCAUUCGCCAACCAUGUCGACAGAUGAUCCAGAGGGUAAUCAGAUGUUAGAUGAAGAAGAAGGUGCUGCUGCCGGAGUUGUUUCUCCUUCAGUUCAGUCAGGUGAUGGGUCUAGGCCACAGUCAAAGCAACAAAGCUCAAGAGCCAGUUCACGACAGUCUGGAUCUAGGAGAGGAUCUCAAAGUGGGUCAUCACGUCCGUCAAGCUCUGGAAGUGUUGCUUCAAAUUUUAGUAUGGACAGCCAGAUGGAACGCACUGUAAGAAGUCUGACAAUGGUGGCGCAACAGUUAAAUACCUCGUGCAAGAAUGUCCUCCGAGCCUUUCAGCUGAACCCUUCUGCUAUGAACACUAUCAAACAUGAGUAUUCAAAAAGAGGAAUUGUGUCACAAGAUUUCAUAAAGUAUAUGAAUGAACUGAAAGAUGUUCUUUUAAACAAACUACUUACCACCCCAGAGGAGGAAAAAGAAAGGAUGGAGUACCUUCAAGAAAUCUCCAAACGUGAGAGGAACAAUGCUGCUAUAAUUGAAAAACUAGAAACUGAGCUGAAAGCUGCACAAGAUGAUAAAGAUGAAGAUAUAAAAAAGAAAAACGAUGUAAUCCGAGGACUGCAAGCUGAUUUAAGACAGAUCCAGAAGUUUUCAGAAGAUCAUAUCAGGCGUGUGAAUGCUGAGGCAGACAAACAGAAAGCUGCUGAUAAAAAGAACAGUGAGGGACGUAAACAAAGGCUUCAGCAGGAGGUGACUCAGUUACAGACACAGCAGCAGAAUCUGGUUACCGAACACAGAGAGAAUGAACAGGAACUUAGAAAGAAAAAGUUUAAGAUAGAGACAGAGGUUGAGAACUGGAUACAGCGGUAUGACCAGGAUAUGGGAGAAAGACAGGAUGAGUAUGAGGAGAUAGAUACAGUGUACACAGAGGAAAAGAAACAACUGCAUGAGCUAGAGGAACGCUUCAAGACACUCGAAGCCGAGUACCAGCAGAUCAUGGAGGAGAGGCGCCUGGCUAGAGAGCGUAGAGAAGCUGCAGAGCGUGAACUCGCACUCAUGGUUAAGGCUUCAACCACUAUCCAGGCAUUCUGGAGGUCUUUCAAGGUCAGAAAGGCACUCAAAGCUCGCAAGAAGAAGGGUGGAAAGAAGAAGAAAUAGACUUAAAUGCUAAUAGAGAAGUUAUUUCUGGAACAAACAUGUCAGUGUAUAAAUUUUUAUUUGUGUUUUUAUUACACGUGACUUUUGUUAUACUUUUUAUCUUACAUCGUUGUACGCUGAAAUUGACUUCCUUGAACAUACUAUUUUUGUCAAUGUCUGUGAUAACUUCAGUAGAAAAGCUGAAUUUGUUUUCUGUUGUAGAUAAAAUCUUCUUUGUUUUUCCAAAUAAAAUAUAUUCCGUUUUACUACAUAAUAUGACAUCAUUCACAAAAAUCAUGAACAGUUAUGAAUGUCACAAAUCAUCAUCUUCCUGUCAGCUCCACCCCCUCAAAAAAAGAAAAAAGAAUGAGACGUGUAAGUCAGAAUGUGUGUAUCUUAAACAUGGUCUAUACCUUUGCACAAUAUUAUUAAUGUAACUAGUGCUUAGGGAUGACAUAUUUCACCCCAUUUAGUCUGUUCCAACUUCGUUCUCCUGAUAUGCUCGAUAACGCAGAAAGAAACCAUGUUGUGUUUUGAACUAUUAUGAGUGGGCAGUAUUUGAGCAUGGAAAACUUUGAUAGAAGAACCAGUAAGACUAAAAUGUCACAUUCCGAAAAUACUUUGUACACAGAUUCAUUUUUACAGGGGCUUGUCUUCAGAUGUACAUAGAUAGUAAAGUCGGUAUAAUAUCUAUAUUAAAAUAUAAAUAAAUCAUAAAUCAGUAUAACUGUAUGCACAGUCAUGCUGUUGAUACAAAAAGCAUUAUGUAAAAUACAGCUAAAUUUCUGCUAUUUUCUAUUGUGACCUGUAUUUCUUUAAUGUUUUUGAUACUUCCUUCUACAGUUUGAAGACUACAGGAGUGUUUAAUAGUAAUUGCUUAUUAGACUUUUAUGGAGGAAUAUGCACAGUUUUCUGCAGAUGGAAUAUUAUGUAACUUUAGCAGUUAAGGACUUCAGGUUUUUUCUUUCCAUUAACAAGAUCUAGCAUAGUAUGUCAGUCUUUUUUCUCCUAUAAUGGGGGUUGUUUACAGGCAUCUUUCUCUCUGAAAAUUUCUUAACACAUCUCUGCAGGCGGCUUGCCCCUUUUAAGACAUAAGAAGAUGCGUGCUAUAUGUAACAUUAUAGUAAUUUAUCUUUGUUAGAGAGUUUUAUUUUUUACCAGUGAUAAAUUUGUUAAGACAUUUUGGUAUAUCCAUCCUUUAUAAGUCUAAUAAAUUAUGAAGAAAAGGUG